CGCGUCCCCCUCCGUGGCCGACACUGCCAGCCCGGCCCGGCGCUGCUGCCCCCCGGCCACGAACGCUUUGCCUCCCGCGGCGGGCCCCUGCCGCUUGCCGUACGAGCGGCCGCGGGCCAAGGAGGGCGGCCGGGGGCAGCCCGCGGUAGCCAUGGCGACUCCGGGGCGCCGGGGCGCCGCCGCGCUGCUGCUGCUGCCGGUGCUGGCGCUGGCCCUGGCGGUGCUGCCGCCGCCGGCUCGCGGCUUCUCCCUCCCGCUGCAGCGGCCCGCCGACUGCGGCGACUCCCACUACUUCGACGUCUCCCGCCUGGCCUGCGGGCCCUGCGGGGCCCACCAGCGACAGAGCGCCGGCGGUACUUCAUGUGUAUGUCAGCCAGGAUACAGGAUGGUUUCUAGUAAUGGAGGGUCCUCCCUUGUUUGUGAAAAAUGCCCAGAAAGUAUGAGUGGAGUUACUCAAGAUGGGUGGAAUUGUAUUAUUUGCCCUAAAGGCCUAACUCCAGAAGGAAAGUGUAAAUGCCUCAAUAAUGAAAUAUUAGUGGAAAGAAGUAUCGAUGGCAUUUUGCUUAAUGAAGCAUUAUGCGUACAUUGUAAUGGAAGUGAGCAAUCAUUCUCUGCUUCAGAUGGGUCAGGAAAUAGGUGUGUAAGAUGUGAACAAACAUUCAUCAAUGUAAGCAAGUAUUGUGAGUGCAGCAGUCCAAACAUUUUAACUGGGGGAUUGUGUUUCAGUGCUACUGAAAGUUUACCCCCAAAGGGAGUUGCAACUGUUCGUUUUGCACAGCUAGGUAUAACACUGACAUCAGCGUGGUUCCUGAAAAACUUGCAGUCCUCAGCCUCUGCCUGUUGGUUGUACUCUAAUCUAACAGCGUGCCAAGCUCUUGGAAAUAUGUGUGUGAUGAAUAUGAAUUCAUUGAGUUCUUCAAUUACUGAUGCCUGUGGUUUAUUUCAAUAUAUUUAUGUCAAUACAGCAAGGCUAGGCACUGCUCAUUCAAUAGCCUUCUGGAGGCAUAAUCUUCCAUGGCUAUAUUAUGGUGAUCAACCAGGAUUAGCAUCCCAAGUGCUUGAGACAAAUAAUUUCCCUACAAUCUUCAGUUUUAAAGGAACAGAUAAGGAUGUAAAGCUGCAAUUUAUUGCGGCCUCAUUUGAUGCAGCAGGAAACUUUCUUAAAUGGCAAAGUUUGGAAGGAGGCAUCUUACAGCUUUGUCCUGAUACCCAAACUAAGUUGAAUGCAGCUUACACAUUUGGAACAACUUACCAACAAAGUUGCAAAAUUUCGGUUUCCAAGAUUUUAUUGGAUUUUGCUAAUCCAAUAUUUUAUGACUUAUUCCUUGAAUAUAAUGAUGACAAUGGACAACAAUAUCUUUGGGCCGUGCCAGUUUUAAAUUUGAAUCUCCAAUACAGUGAAAUGUUUGUUAAUCAAGGCAGUAAUAUGAACAACUGGCUUUUGACUCGUCGAUUUUUUUUGGUGGAUGCACUAAGCGGAAAAGAAAAUGACUUGGGAAAACUACCCAGAGUAAUUCGGAUUGCUAGCAAAAUAACAAUCAGUAUUCGUCUGGUAUCCCAUACUCAGAGAGGAACUAUCUACCCUCCUCUAAUUACUAUUGCUUACACAGAUGUGCUUAUCCAGAACCCUGAAACCCAGAGUGUGAUGGUUUCCUUCUCAGUCAGUUAUGAGAUGAAUCAGUCAGAGGCUCAGAUUCAGACUGAUAUCACGUUGGGUGUGUUGGGUGGGCUCGCAGUAUUAUGGUCCCUUCUCAAGACUGCAGGCUGGAAGAGGCGUACGGGAAGCUCUAUAAUUGACUUGCAGACAGUUUUGAAGUUCAUACUGUUUUAUGCUGGAGACCUUGCCAACGUUUUCUUUAUCGUCACAGUGGGCAAAGGGAUUUAUUGGCUUGUGUUCUUCAAAGCUCAGCAGUUUGUCUCAGUCCUUUUACCACUUCCAUCUCAGGAAGAAGAUUUUGUUACGUACAUAGCAUGUGCGUUUAGUUUAAAGGCUCUACAGCUCUUACAAUUGCUGGUUUCACAACUUAGUAUAGAUAUUUUCUUUAUUGACUGGGAAAGACCUAAGGGCAAAGUUCUUAAAGCAGUUGAAGGUGAAGGUGUUAUUAAAAGUGCUGCUGCACCUGUGAGCAUAUGGAGAACAUAUUUUAUAGCAAAUGAAUGGAAUGAAAUUCAGACAAUGAGGAAGAUAAAUCCCCUCUUUCAAGUGCUUGCAGUUCUUUUUUUUCUGGAGGUGGUGGGAUUUUCAAACCUCGCUUUAAUGGAUUCUUCUUCCAGCCUUACGAGAAGCAGUGAGAGUUACAUAGCUCCUUGGAGCCGCAUUUUAAGAUUUGGUGUGUCUGCUGCACUCUGGCUAGCCAUUGCCUUCUUACAGAUUAUGGUCUUUUCUGUGUUUUAUGAAAGAUUUGUUGAAGAUAAGAUAAGCCAAUUUGUUGAUUUGUGUUGCAUGAGCAAUAUUUCAGUGUUUCUCUUGUCACACAGCUGCUUUGGUUAUUACAUCCAUGGUCGCUCUGUGCAUGGACAUGCAGAUACAAAUAUGGAAGAAAUUAAUAUGAACCUAAAGAGGGAAGCUGAAAAUCUAUGUAGUCAGAGAGGUUUGAUACCAAACACAGAUUGCCAGACAUUUCAGAUUUCCAUUUCAAGAAAAAUGCGACUGCACUAUGACAGGAUUCAUGAAACCCUGAUAAAAAAACGUGGUCCUGCAAGGCUUUUGGACUCAUCUGCAAAUACUUUUGAACAAAGCACAAGGGCAUACAAUGCCAUGAACAAAUUUCUCAGUUCUUUUAUUGAUCACGUUCAUAAAGAAAUGGAUUAUAUUGUUAAAGAUAAGUUGCUGCUUGAACGGGUUCUUGGCAUGGAGUUCAUGGAACCAAUAGAGAAAAGCAUUUUUUACAAUGAUGAAGGACAGUCUUUCAGUGAUGUUCUCUAUUAUGGCAAUGAGACAACGCUGCUCAUCUUUGAUAUCCUGUUUUUCUCUGUUGUGGAUCUGGCUUCCCAGAGUUUUGUUUUAGCAGCUAUUCUAACAUAUUUGCAACAAGAGAUAUUUAGGUUUAUUCGUAAUACACUUGGGCAGAAGAAUUUGGCAUCCAAAACCUUGGUGGAUGAAAGAUUUCUCAUUUAAUUAAGAAGAUGAAAAGCUUCGUUGAGAAGUUAAAUGUGGAAAUUAUGUCCAUAAUCAAAGCACCUCUGACCCACAGAUUAAUUCUUGUGCACUUUUCAAUAAUAAUAAUGUAAUGGUUUUGAAAUUCAUCAUUUUUAUAUUGUAUGCUGUUAAGCUUUAUUAUUGUGUAUUUAGAAACAUUUUUUUAAUUUGUGAACACUAAGCCAUAGGCCUUUAAAAGGAAAGGUACACAAAAAUAAAACAGAAGUAAACUUACUGUUGUUAUUAUUAGAAUAAGAUAAAAACUAUUUAAUGGCUUUUGAUAAGAUAGGAACUGCUCACUUUGAGGCGAUUCUGGUUGGCAGGAGAGGUUGUCACCUCAAGUUCUCUUGAAAAUCCUUUACAUUUUUUUCUUUUUAAUUUAUUUUGAAGUUUAAUGUUUAGCAAACAUCUUUCCGGUUUUAUUCAGCACAGGAUUUGGUCUGAAUUAAGUUAAUAUUUCAAGAGGACUUUUUAGAGAUUACUUAUUUACAGUGAUUCCAACUUGAAAUUUUAACUUUUCUUUAUUGUGUCAUAAUGUUGUAUGCUUUUGUCUCUUCUCUUGGAGUUUAUCAUUGUUUUUCUUGGGUGUGGACUACACAUGACAAAGUUUCCUUGCGCUUGAGAUACAGUAGCGUUACAGCAAUGCAGAAAAAUGGGCUAGUUAUGAUAGAGCAGAGGAGGUGGUUGUAGGUAUUUAGGGAUUGUUCCUGAUCUUCUGUCAUCUGAUGCGAGGUGCCCAGGGAAACAACAGGAAUUCUUCUGUGCUGUUUCCACACAAGUGAAAUAGAAGCCAUUGUUCUUAUCUUUUCAGAAGUGUCUUCACAGGUGCCUAUAUAUGCUCAUGUACCUCUGUCUCUCUUAAUUUUCUGGCUUUAUUAUCUUUAGAUAUAACACAGAGACCAUAAUAAUUUUGCCAUCAUCCUAUUUCUGGAAUUUAGACAAGUUAAUAGUUAUACAAGUGCCAUUUAUUAAGUAUUAAGGGAGAUUAUGAAUGGCCUUCAAAACACCUUAUAGUGAGGUGUUUACCUCCCGUUUGUAUCUCAGAAAAGUCUCCCUACCUUUUUAAAAUCAUGUUUUUCAGUAAAUGGUCAAACAUGAAUAGUGUUUGCUAGUUUUAUAGCUGUUGUCUUUAGAUGAUUCAACAAGGGACUUUCACCAGCAAAAACACCAUAAAAAUGUAAGUCAUGCUUAGCAAGCUUGUUCUGAAACAGAGACUGAGGACGUAACUAGUUGGACCUAGCAGAUACGCAGUGCAGACAUGCUUAUCUGCGCUGAAGAAGCUUUUUGUUUCAGGUGUUUCUUGGCUGCAUAAAGAGGAACAUGUUCUCAUACCGUACCAUGGUAUUAAACUUACAGUAACACGGACAUAAAUCUCAGGGUCACUAUUGCUGUAAUGCAUUUGCUUUUGGUGUUGCAAAACCUGUGUGGCUUGCUAGUCCAAUGUAGUUGCUAUUAAGUGACAGAACGUGUCUGCCAGUAAGGCUACGAGAAGGUAGAUAACUGAAGAGUUGAUUUUCAGUGGGACAUCCAUGUAUUAAUAAUCGGUUUAACAUGGGCAUUUCAGUGUCAUGCUUUCCUUACUUCUGUCUGCUUAUGUGCACAGUUCUUAGUUUGUUGGUACACACUAUGCCUCAAAAAAGGUGUGAACACAAAACUUCCAACAGAGUGAAACGUCCACUAUAAAUAAAAUCAAUGUUGUUGCCUUUAUAGUAAAUGUAGUAAUUAGAGUGUCCAUUAGGUUCUGGAUCUGUUAAAACAACCAAAAAUCGUAUUUCCACAGAGUACCAACUGUAUGACUUCACCAGCUGCGAGGAUUCUGUCAUGUUUCUUGUCAGUAAUCUGCUGAGUGCCACAACUGUAAACUAAGCUAAGGAGCCAUCUGAAAAAUGGUCUGCAGUAGGACAUUUGCAAGGCAGUGUUAGGCUUACAUGGUGCCCGUGUUAUUUCUUUGGUUGAUAUCUUUGCAUAGCUUAACUAAACUUAACUAAACUUUCCAGAUCUCACAAAUCCUACUGCAAUGUCAGUGUACACAAGGUAAUACAGUCUUUCUCAUGUGACCAUAUUUAUGUAAGGUGACUGAUACGACUAAAGGGGUAUAGAAAGUUGCUGUGGUCCGUAAGUGAGCAAGUAUGACCCUAACGGCUCACCCUAAUACAGGACUUUUCUUAUUGUCGCUUUCCAGCAGUAGUACUGUGCGUCAUUCUCAAUAACAAGAGGGACAAUCUUCUUCUCAGCGUGAAUUCUGAUGAUGUGUUGUUCAUAGUCAUGAAGCUAUUGUAGGGAAUGGAACCACACUUCAAACACCCCUCCUCCAGAACAGUCUGAUUUAUGACCCAGCUUCACUCAGAAUAACUAAAAUGUAGUAACCGGACCCAGGUAAACCAGGGAAUAUCUGCAAGCAAAAUGAAGGUGCGGUUGUGCCAUCUUUAGACACAGACGUGUAGUUUUAAUUAGACCAGUACCAGCAGAAAUGGAGAUGUUUCAGCAUGUGGGCUCGUUCUGUACCCUGUUCUCAAUGCUUUUGCUAACCAGGUACACCUUUCCAUGCAAGAGUCACGCUUUGAGUCUGCUUUAGAUGUGCCUUUAAUUAUCUGCUGCUCAGAAGGGCAUGUGAAAGCUCUAAUGACCUUGCAAUUUGCAAGAACUACUGCUAAGGGCAACUCUCAUUACAGAUAAAUGGUAAAUUAAUCUAAAAAUGUCCUGUCAAAACAGUUCAGUCACUUGGGCCCCUCUUUCUCCUCGGUGCACACACUACUCUGUUGUGGUUUAUUUUUCCAGGUCAUUUACCUAAAAAUGUUAAUACAGCUAAUGUAGGCACUCUACAUGAUUUAGGAAAUAAUUAUAAGAGUCAAAAGCUCCAGGAAUUCAUAGAAGCUUUUCUUCAUUCUUGCUGUCCAUUGAACGCUUGAACUGGGUUGACUGCACUUGGUUCUCCUGUUGCUUGAUAUUGUUCAAGAUAAUACUUCUUGUGAUAAAACUUAAUGUUUUUCCUUUUUUAAAAUUAAUAUGCAGCUACAAUGUGUUGUUCAUACGAGUGUCUUUCAAGUUUCUAAAUGUUCUAUUUAAUUACAUGGUAUUUCAAACUCUUGUAUCUGUCCCUCUGGGCAAUAAACAAUUUUCAAGGA